GGAGGCGCGCUCUGGGCCCGCGGGCGGGUCUGGCGGCUACAGCGGCGGCGGCGGCCACAGCAGCGACGACGGCUAUGGGGAGCGGAGGCGUGAUCCACUGUAGGUGUGCCAAGUGUUUCUGUUAUCCUUCAAAGCGGAGAAUAAGAAGGAGACCUCGAAACCUCACAAUCUUGAAUCUCCCUGAAGAUGUGCUCUUUCAUAUCCUGAAAUGGCUUUCUGUUGGAGAUAUCCUCGCUGUCCGAGCUGUACAUUCCCACCUGAAGUACCUGGUGGACAACCAUGCCAGUGUGUGGGCAUGCGCCAGCUUCCAGGAGCUGUGGCCUUCUCCGGGGAACCUGAAGCUCUUUGAAAGGGCUGCUGAGAAAGGGAACUUUGAAGCUGCCGUGAAGCUGGGCAUUGCCUACCUCUACAACGAAGGCUUGUCGGUGUCUGACGAGGCCCGGGCGGAAGUGAACGGCCUGAGGGCCUCUCGCUACUUCAGCCUGGCCGAGCGGCUGAAUGUGGGUGCCGCGCCCUUCAUCUGGCUCUUCAUCCGCCCUCCUUGGUCGGUGUCCGGGAGCUGCUGCAAGGCUGUGGUUCACGAGAGCCUCAGGGCGGAGUGCCAGCUACAGAAAACCCACAGGGCGUCCAUACUUCACUGCCUGGGGAGGGUGCUGAGUCUCUUCGAGGAUGAAGAGAAACAGAAGCAGGCCCGGAACCUGUUUGAAGAGUCUGCUAACCAGGGGUGUCUGACCAGCUCAUACCUCCUCUGGGAGAGUGACAGGCGGAUGGACAUGCUGGACCCCGGACGGUGCCUCCACAGCUUCCGGAAGCUCAGGGACUUUGCUGCCAAAGGCUGCUGGGAAGCGCAGCUGUCUCUAGCCAAAGCCUGUGCACAUAGACACCAGCUCGGAUUGGAAGCAAAAGCCUCCAGCGAGAUAGUCUGCCAGUUGUUCCAGGCCUCCCACGCUGUCAAUAAGCAGAGGGUCUUCUCUGUCCAGAAAGGGCUCAAUGACACGAUGAGGUACAUCCUCAUCGACUGGCUGGUGGAGGUCGCGACCAUGAAGGACUUCUCGAGCCUGUGUCUCCACCUGACCGUGGAGUGCGUGGACCGGUACCUGCAGAGGCGGCUGGUGCCCCGGUACCGGCUGCAGCUGCUGGGCAUUGCCUGCAUGGUCAUCUGCACCCGGUUCAUCAGCAAAGAGAUCCUGACAAUCCGGGAGGCUGUGUGGCUCACAGACAACACGUAUAAGUACGAGGACCUGGUGAGGAUGAUGGGCGAGAUCAUCUCGGCCCUGGACGGGAAGAUCCGGGUCCCCACCGUGGUCGAUUACAAGGAUGUCCUGCUGACACUGGUCCCCAUGGCACCAAGAACCCAGCACCUGUGCGGCUUCCUCUGUGAGCUCUCCCUGCUGCACACCAGCCUGGCCGCCUACGCCCCGGCCCACCUCGCUGCAGCUGCCCUGCUGCUGGCGAGGCUGACACACGGGCAGACGCAGCCCUGGACCACCCAGUUGUGGGACCUUACCGGCUUCUCCUGUGAAGACCUCAUCCCCUGUGUCUUAAGUCUUCAUCAGAAGUGCUUCCAUGAUGACGCCCCCAAGGACUACAGGCAGGUGUCUCUCACUGCUGUCAAGCAGCGAUUCGAGGACAAGCGCUACGAGGAGAUCAGCCUGGAAGAGGUGCUGAGCUACGGCCAGCUGUGUGCUGCCCUGGGCGUGAAACAGGAGAGCCUGGAACCUGCGCCCUUCCUCAGUGCGGGCGAUAUUCACGCCUUCCUCAGCUCACCCUCUGGGAGGAGGACCAAGCGGAAGCGGGAGAACAGCCUCCAGGAGGACAGGGGCAGCUUCGUCACCACGCCCACCGCUGAACUGUCCAGCCAGGAGGAGACGCUGCUGGGCAGCUUCCUGGACUGGAGCCUGGACUACUGCUCGGGCUACGAGGGCGACCAGGAGAGUGAGGGCGAGAAGGAGGGCGACGUGACGGCUCCCAGCGGCGUCCUCGACGUCACCGUGGUCUACCUGAGUCCGGAGGAGCACUGCUGCCAGGAGUCCAGUGACGAGGAGGCCUGCCCGGAGGAGGCAUGGGGGCCCCAGGACACACAGGCGCUGGCGCCGGGCCACCAGGCGCUGCGGACCCCAGGGCUGGAGCCCCCCCCGUGCAGCAGGUGGGGGCUGGGCAAGGACAUCACGACAUCGGGGUACUCCUCCGUCAGCAGCGCGAGUCCCGCAGACUCCGGGCACGCCUUGGGGGGGCCCCCCCGGUCUACCUCAGAGCUGCCCGCGGGCAGCAGCUUGAACACACAGCCCUGCCACCACCAUGCCCGGAAGUCGUGUUUACAGUGUCGCCCCCCCAGCCCCCCGGAGAGCUGUGCUCCCCAACAGCAGGUGAAGAGGAAGAACCUGUCAGCCCACAGUGAGAAGGAGGAGGAAGAAGACAUGAACUUGGGCUUCUUGAAGCUGUGAGUGUGUCGGAGCGUGUGCCGCAGUGGACGUCUGCUGAGGGGGGGCUGCUGCUGUGCUAGUGCGGGGCGGGGGACAAGACGGAUCCCUGCGGAUCCCCGCUGGCCUCGCACGGGGACCCUAGAGAAGAUCCAGGGGCAGGGACUCUUUCUCCUGGGGAGCCUAUCACGAGCCAUCAGAAUCUCUAAAGCACAACGAAAACUCAGCUCCUCUUUGGGAGGUUUAGCCUCAAAGCAGUCACGCCAUGCCAUGUCAGUCCUGUGUCUCUGUCCCCUCCCGUGUCUUGUCUUGCUUCCUCUGGGAAACAGCCCACGUCCUGGGCAAACAUCCCCUCUGCUGCCAGCACCCCAGGAACUGAGCUUUCACAGCUGAGAACACGUGUGGCCUGAGUGUCCACACACAGCUCCCCGUCCCCCCAUCUGUUUGGUCUGGGGUCCCGGGAGAGCUGACAGCCCUGAGCACGUCGCCACCCCUGCGCCCACACUGCCCUGCCUUGGGCAUGCGUUCCUUUCCUCACGGGCUGGUGCCUUCUGCAAUGGGGGAGCUCUGCCCCAAGCACUGUGGUGGACUGCGCCUGAACACUGGGCUCGAGGGCCUUGAUUCUCGGUCACAGGCUCGCUCCCUCCCAUAUUCUCAGCUCCUUUUAAAAAUCUGUCCCUUCUGCAAUGGUCCAUCUGUGUCCCCACUAGAUGGUAUCUGCAUGACCCUCUCACUGCACUGAAUUUCUGGGCCAUUUCUUUCCGUCUUUAUUUCUGUCCUUCAUCCCUCUAGGAUAAAAACAAAAGAAAAAUUAAAAAUAGAAGGUAUUACAUUUUUUAAAAUUCUCAACAUUAUUUAGGCUCAACUGAAAAAUGACAAUUUGAUUCAAACUUCUCGGUGCUCUCAUGACACUAUGCAAAACCAGUUUUCCCAGAGAGGUUAGCCAGGAAAAAAUUAAAUGUCAUUUGUAACAUCUGAGGUGACCAAGACACGGAACAACAUGAACCAGAGACCCGGCUUGCUGGAUGAGGGUGAACCUGUGAGUCCCUGUGAAUCAUGACCUUGGCUGCGCUCCCCGCUGGGCUGAGCCCAACACUCAGCUGCUGUCGCUUUUGUUUCCUCUUGAAAUGCCAGAAAGAACCACUUAGCCAGGAGUGUCCCCCCAAAUGCUCUUGAACCAAAACUACAGGGACCAGGAGACGCUGGCCCGGAGAGGCUUUUCUGGGCUCUUGACUCCCUGUGGGAACUAUCUUUUUUGCUGCUGUAGGCGAAUUCUGACCACCCUGGGUAGGCAGUGGUUGAGUAAGGGAAUCCCAGCAUUGGGACUGCAUACCUCCCUGUCGAUUGUGUGCCCCUAGGCAUGUGUGAGCCUCAGUUUCCUCAUCUGUACGAUGGGGUGACAGUACCUACCUCACAGGGGUGUUGUGAGGAUUAAAUGUGAUGAGGAUAAUA